AUGAUUGCUUUGCAUAACUAUAAAGAAGAACAUUGCAUUAAAAAUAUUUGCUGCAUUUUCAAUUUUUCUCAAUACAUACUCUCGAUCUUCUCAAUUAGAAUAAUUAUCAUUCCUAUUUGCUGGUUUUCGAAAUAG